CUCAGCGACUUUAGAAAAUUGAUUUACCGUGCUUUCGAGGUUGAUGAGUUUGAGAGAGGUUGGCUCCAGUUCAACAAACACUAUGGGAUAACGGAAAAAGACACGUGGAUCUGCAGGAUGUACGAGCUAGGAAAGAAGUGGUCUGCAGCCUAUACCAAAGGAAGGCACUUCCUGGGCAUGAGAAGUAAUCAAAGGAGCGAAAGUCUAAAUUCUACGCUUCAUGUGCAGCUGGACAGGAGAAUGAGACUUAUUGAUUUGCUGCAACACCAUGAGCAUUGCAUCUCAGUUAUGCGAAGGAAUGAGGCUGCAAUGGAUGUCGUGGCCUCGCAGACGGUGCCCUUCACUGAAUUAAUGGCUGACCCACUGGAGAAAAAUGCGUCAUAUAUCUACACCCCUAUAAUGUUCGAGAAGGUUAAGGGGGAGAUCGUGAGGUUAUCAAAAUGGCAAGUCGAGGAGGUGAACAAGGAAGAUAGUUUGACGAGGUUUGCAGUUGUUCAUAAAGAGGGGAGGCAAGUAAGAUUUGAUGUGAGGUGUGUUUAUGUGGGCUCGGUGAUAGCGAGUGUGCACUGCCAAUGCCGGAAGAUGGAGAGUGAGGAUAUUCCAUGCACACAUAUAUUUGCUAUUCUGAAGUGCGUUGGGUUAGACACCAUUCCUAGUUGUUGUGUUGCUAAAAGAUGGACGAUGAAAGCCAAGCCUGCCUUCGAUUCAGACAGGAGUGCCAGUACGCAACAAUGGUCAGAACGGAUGGAUCGUUUCCAUGAGAUCCGUAACGAUGCAAGCGUUGCUUUUUUUAAGGCUUCGAAAUCCGCAGCGCAAUCAGAGAGGGUGAUGGCAUUUCUCAACAGUAUUAUUGAUGAGGGUGAGAAUGACGAGAAUACUAACAUAGCAUCAUUUGGUCCUUUUCCGGCAUAUUUUUCUGGGGCACGCCAAACCUUCACAACUAAAGUUCUGGAUCCAAUACCAAUUAUUCCAAAAGGUGCUCCAUCGAAGGGCAGGUUGAAGCCAUUCCAGGAGACUAUGAAGAAAAAGAAGCCCAAACAUGACUGCGGGCAAAGUUGGACAGGCGUUAAUUAUGCUGAAGAGCCACACAUCAGUUGAAUCAGCUAUCUACUUGUCUAAACUUUUUAAAAGUGUCAGGAUUUUCAAGUGUCUUGAUGUAAUUUUCCCUUUGGAUAUUGAACAUUUUCCUUUUUGGCUCCAUGCGUAGGACAUGAUGAUUGUAAUAUGGCGGUUUUGGCUGUAUCAAGCAUUUACUUAAUUCUGCAAUGCCCUUUUGUCAA